GUGAAAUUUUGUUAAGUAGGAUGGAGGAUUUCAGUUUUCUUUGUGGGACUACUCCCGGGGGACUUUUCGUUGAUUGCCUUAGUUUGAGUAGUUCAGCUUUGAGGUAUGUUGAUGAUGAUCGGAGCGUUGAUUGUGAUGACCGAAGUAGACGGAUUCCGGGUUGUUGUAGUGCUGCAAAUGAACGGCUGAAGAGUGAACGGCCGAAUCGCUCUCCUCCCUUUUGUUUGCCCCAACUCAAUGAUCAUCUGAAUGGAAAUCACAGACAACCCAACUGUGGUGUGUCGAGUACUGCUCAAUUUGGUCCUAAAAGUAGGUUAGCUUCAUAUGCUACAACAUCCACCAUUGGAGGUUCGGCUCUUGCCUUGCACCAUGCUAACGUAAUAAUCGUCAUCGAGAAGUUGCUCCGGUACCCUCAUUUGGUCGGUGAAGAAGCUCGAGACGAUUUGUAUCAGAUGUUGCCAAGAAGUUUGAGACUGUCUCUGAGGACUAAUCUCAUGUCCUAUGUCAAGAAUUUGGCGAUAUACGAUGCAUCCGUUGGCUCAUGA